AUGGCAAUCGUGGCCCUUGUAACCCGCGAGGGCGAACUUGGCCACGAUGGGCAGAAGACCUGGGCAAGCAUCCGCUACCGAGCGCUUUGUAGGUCGGUGGCCGCCGUGAUCCUGGCGCUUUGGGCAACGCUUCUUCCCCUGCUGCAGCAUCCUGGGCUGGUCGCCGUGUGCAACACGUACAUGGACAUGACGAAGGCGAUGGAUGUGGAUCACACGGUGGCCGAACAAGAUGACCAAGAGUGGGAACUGGGGAACUUCGUCGCCUGCUUCACCGCCGUCAUGUCCUUGAUGUGCCUGGCUUUGGUCUUGAACUCCCAGCUGCAGUGGUGGCUGACAUCACCCUUUCUAGUCUACCUGCGCUGGCACGUGCUGCUGAAUGCGAUGAACGUUUGGCUCAUCCACUUCCUGGCUUCCCACAGGUGGUGUGCAGCACGAGACACGCUUAUCGAGAUGACCAUCUUCACCUGGAUCACGGUGAUUUGCCAUCUCUUUUUCUGGGGCAACAAGCUCAUGGGCUUCGUUGUGAUCAAGUCACACCUGAAGACCCUCGAGAAAGCCUUCCAGAAAUCGCUCGGUUCUCGAGUUCUCGAUGUGCUGCUGCUGCUUUUCGGGCUCUCGCUUCUCACCGUGACCGUCCUCUACGUGUGCUACCUCGUCCAGGAUGGAAGGUACAACCUCCUCAUCCUGGGCGUGGCACUGAUAGAAGCAGCUGUCGUGGUAUCAACCUCCUUCGUAGCCAUUCUGAUGACCCGGGGCUUCUACUUGGCAUACCGAGCUGCGCAGAGAGAGAUGGAAGCGGCGCCCCGUUUGGCGGAGAAAGAAUUGGCCACGAAAGCCGUCCACUUCUCGCGUCGCCUGGUUUGGGAGACUCCCUUCAACCUGGCUUUGGUCGCCACGGCCUUUGGCUUCCACAGCGCCUGGCUCGCCACGCUGCUCCAUGGAGGAGCCAGCGUCGCGAGCAUGAGCCUAGAACUUGGCUUCCUGCUUCUUGGACGAAUGAGGUUGUCCAACCGCUCCCCUCCAUCGCAGAUCACCGCCACCCUCUCCUUGACCAACUGCGCCCGCUUCGGCCAGCUAUUGUCCCUGAUGGAGUACGAGUGGCUUGGCUUUCUUGGAGCUGAAGCGAAGUUUCAGCAAGAUGUUGCCCAACGUGAUCGGGAGCCUUCGCCUGCAAAGUGGACCUUGUCCAGGGCUGCAGGGUCCUACAGAACCAGGCAAGAGCCGGAAGUGGAGGGCGCUACCUGGAGCACUGGACACCAAGAGUGGGACGGAGUGACCCACGAUCUGGCAUGCCGGGCGAUCAGCCUAGGCGCGCUGCUCAGCUUCUACAGCCGCCUCGAGGAGAGGAUGCCGCACUACGACCCGUCUCUGCACACCACGGCGGACGUGGUUCGUCAAGUGAUCAUUCCCAUGACCCAAGGGCACGAGCACGGCGACUGCGCAGCAGCGCUGGUACUGAUGGACGGUCAGGCCUUGCUCCCUGAUCGCAUGGUCACCCACAACUGGGCCAACAAGUUCUCGAACCUUGUGGCAGCUGUAGUGGCUGAUGCGUUGGACCUUCCAAGCUACGCCAGCGUUCUGCCGCGGCUGCAGCCCGGCGAGAUGACGGCGCUGAAGUCGGAACUCUUCUGGCGGAAGAAGCUGACGUCGACUUACUGGAUCUGCUGCUUCGCCGUGAACCAGCACGCGGGCAUCUGCGGCACCGUCCCAGACUGCAUGGAGGAUCCGGUGACCGGCGAGCUGCCUGUCCCCUGCCACUGCGAUCACCCAAAGUACUGGAGCGAUACGCCCCCGCUGAAAGAUGGGCAGAGCGUUCGUUGCGAGAUGAACAAGUUCCAUGACAUGAUGGGACUCAUUUCGACCAUGAAGCCGGGGUUUGCGCAAGUCAUUGCGGUGGAUGCUGAGUUCAAACUCUUCACGCGGGCCUGGUGUGUCGCGGAGAUUCACCAGGCUCAACAGCUUGGAAUGCAGCAGCGCAUGAGGACUCUCUCUUUCGAGAACUUGCAGCAGUACGAAGGCUGGCUACACUGCCUCAAAGUCGAGGAGAUGUCUGCCUCUAAUGCCGCUGACACGGAGCUGAUUCUCUCACAGAUUGAGGAUAAGGCACGAUUUAACGCCGAGUUGCAAUCAUUGAUCUUCGGCACAGACGGCCUCAUCAGCGCCUGUCACAUGGGCUUCGAGCGCAUGGCCAUUUUGGGGGCGGUGGCGCGGCAGGGCGCUAUCCGGCUGAAGCUUGGCCUGCAGUGUGGUUUUCAUGGUCUAGGGCUAUCUUACGUGCCUCGGACUCAAGAAGCCAGGAGAUGGGAGGAGGCGCUGGGGAAGGCGCAGGAAGGAGAUAGUAGAUCCGUCGGGCCGUCGGGGAUAUUCUAUGCCGUCGUCGAAUAUUUUCGGUACAAGAGUUUCUGGUCUUCCAUGUGA